AUGUCGGUGUUGUUCAACGUGAACGGUCGGGAUGUUCACGCGGACGCGUUGGAUCCGGAAUUGAGUCUUGCCGAUUACCUUCGGAAUUCGUUGGGACUUCGUGGUACAAAACUCGCAUGCGAGGAAGGCGUCUGCGGAUCAUGCACAGUAGUUCUUGGAGAAUGGGACGAGCGCGAGAAUCGAGCCCACUACUCUUCGGUGAACGCUUGCCUGGUGCCAGCCUUCCAGGUUCACGGCAAAUUUGUCAUCACCGUCGAAGGCAUCGGAAGCGCCGACAAAUUGCAUCCGAUUCAGGAGCGACUUGUCAAAGGGCAUGGUGUUCAGUGCGGAUUCUGCUCGCCGGGCUUCGUCAUGUCAGCAUACGCCCUUCUAAGGAACAAUCCGACACCGACGAUCGACGAGAUUACGAGAGCCGUACGAUCGAAUCUGUGUCGUUGUACCGGCUAUCGUCCGAUUCUCGAAUCGCUCUACUCGUUCUCCGACGCCUGUUGUGGCGGUGGCGCGACCAACGGCAAAUGCUGUCGAGACAAACCGAAUUCGGUGUACGAGGAGAAGUUGGCGACGUUCGCCGAUUCACCCAAAUACGAUCCAACGCAAGAGCUCAUAUUUCCGCCAUCCUUGCGCGCCAUCGAACCCAACGAUAGUGUCGAAGUUCUCAAAGGGUCUCGUGUCGACGUGCACAUUCCGAAGAGCCUGAAACAGUUAGAGGAGGUGCUCGACGAGAAUCAAGGUGUGAAGGUGGUCUCGAGUGGAUUGAUCACUAGAAUGAUAACCGCCAGCAAGGCAACGACGUCGGAGAAAUGGGUCUCGACGCGUCAUAUCCCCGAAUUCAGUCGAAUCACGAAAGAGGGCGCGAUUCUACGAAUUGGGUCGUCGGUCUCCAUUGAGAAAUUCGUCGAGGCGAUUAUCUGUCAUUGUCAUGAAAACGUGCGAUCUCAAAUCGAGAAAUUCUUCCAUCAAUUCUCGUCGGCACAAGUCGCCAAUUUUGCGACCUGGACUGGUUCGAUUGUGAUGGCGGCGCGAUCGCGAGUCGCUGUCAACGAUCUUCUAAUUCUGUUCGAGACGCUCAAUUGGAAAUUGACGGUGUUGCUGAAGAAUGGCGAGCGGAGAGUGGUGACCAUUGCUGAGUGGUUCGAAAGCGAGCUUCUCGAUCGAGUUGUGAUUGAUGCGCUCAUUGAUACGACUGAGAAUCGACGCGUCUUUUUCUACAAAAUCGGCGAAUCGGCGACAAAUGAUUCGACGAUCUUCAAUUUUGCGGCCGCCUUGUCGCCGAAUCGCAUCAAUAUCGGCGUCGGAGGUCGUCCAGUUCGUCUCGAGCCACUCGAGGAGCAUCUUGAAAUUUGUCGAGAUCCGGAAAGCAUGCUCAAUUAUUGCGGGCAAUGUCUGAAAGUUGAUGACGGCGCGAAGAAACGACUAAUGAAAGCGGUCGUGUCCAAAUUUUGGGAGUUUUUGGAGGAAACUGAGCCGAUCGAGGAAUCGAAUUUCAGCUAUUUGCAGUUUUAUAAGCCAAAAAACGCGAAUUGUGUCGGUCGUCCACUGGCGAAUCAUUAUGGCGAGCGCGCGAUCACCGGAGAAACCGUGUACGUCAAUGACAUCAAAACGUAUGAUGCACUUUACAUCGGUGUUGUGCUCUCAACUCAUGCUCACGCCGAGAUUCUGAGCAUCGAUCCUUCUGAAGCGUUGAAGCUUGACGGAGUUGAAGGAUUCUUCAGCGUCAAAGAUGUUCCCGGCUUGAAUGUUCCGGGAUUGGAUGCGACGAAUGUGGUAUUUCCCGAUGACACCCCGAUUUUUGCUGAUGGCAAGGUUGAAAGCAUUGGUCAAAUUAUUGGCGCGAUUGCCGCUAGCGAUCAGCGGCUUGCUCGUCGCGCCGCGAAACUCGUCAAGGUUGACUAUAAGCCGCUGAAGGCGUUGAUCGAUUUCAAAGAAGCGCGCGAAGCGAACAGCCUUCACGGCAAAGUACAGAAUUACGGAAAACCGCUGGAUGAGAUCAACGCUGCGCUCGAUUCGUGCGAGCAUGUCGUUGACGGCGAGAUUUCGAUUGGCGGACAGGACCAUCUUUAUAUGGAGCCGCAAAGCUCGUUGGUGAUUCCCGGAGAGGACAACGAAUUUGUGGUUCAUUGCUCGACACAAGGCACCGGAUUCACACAGGUGAUGAUGGCGAAGGCGCUGAAUAUUCCAGCUCAUAAAAUAAUUGUCAAGACGAAACGGCUUGGUGGCGGAUUUGGUGGCAAGGUGAACGUUGCCACGUGGCUAGCCACCAUUUGCGCCAUUGCCGCCCGCCGAUUGAAGAAGCCGGUGUUUGGAUGUUAUACGCGAAAUGAGGAUUUGCUCAUCACUGGAAAACGCCAUGCGGUCUAUGCCAAAUAUAGAGUUGGCUUCGAAUCUUCCGGAAAAGUCAAGGCUCUUCACUAUGAGGCUUAUCUUAACGGAGGAUGGUCCAAAGAUCAUACGGAAGGGGUCACUAUGGUUUUGGGAUUGACGUCGAGCGAUGUGUAUGAUUAUGAAAUGUACAGAUUGGACGGAUAUCCGGUCAAAACUAAUACCAAUAGUAAUACUGCUAUGAGAGGCUAUGGAAUUCCGCAGCAGAAAUUGAUGAACGAGGAAGUGAUGCGAAGGAUUGCAUUCAUUGUCGGAAAGAAGGCGGAAGAUGUGAAAGAGCUCAACUUUUUGCACGAGGGCGGAUUCAACUUUUGCGGACAGCAGAUUCGCGAUGAUGCUUUGAUCGAAUGUUGGCGAGCGUGCAAGCAACUCAGCGAUUUUGAGAAGCGCGAGAAGCUCGUUGACGAGUUUAACAAAAGCUCGAAAUUGGCGAAGCGCGGCCUCGCCAUUUCCACAGUCCGAUUUGGUCUUCCCCAUCCGGGACCAUCGCAUGGAUCGGCGUCGGUUUUGAUCAACAUCGAUGGUAGUGUUCAGUUGACGAUCGGCGGAACCGAAAUGGGUCAGGGUUUGAACACGAAAAUGAUGCAGGUGUGCGCCGAAGCGUUGAAUCGGCCCAUCGAUGAAAUCGCGAUCAUCGACACGAGCACCGAUAAGCUUGUGAAUGCGCCGGAAACCGGCGGCAGUCAGAAUGCCGAUGUUCACGGGCUGGCGGUGAAGGCCUGCUGCGAUCGCCUCCUUCAAGGAUUGAAGUCGAUUUUGGAGAAGAAUGACGGCGAUUGGCAUAAGGCGGUGAUUGAAGCGUAUGGAAAAGUCGUGCCACUUCAAUGCACCGAAUAUGGACACGUGAAACGUGCUGAAUUUGGAGUGAAACCUCAUGAAACGCCAUACACGACGACUGGAGCAUGCGCCGUCGAGGUGGAAAUUGAUUGUCUCACUGGAUUGAACAAGCUUCGACGCGUCGACAUUGUGAUGGAUGUUGGUGAGAGCUUGAAUCCGGCGAUUGACAUUGGACAAAUUGAAGGCGCAUUUAUGCAAGCUUAUGGAUUGGUGACAAGCGAGAGGAUCACAUUUGACGCCGCUGGAAAGCUGGAGCAGGCGAGCCUUGGGAAGUACAAGGUACCCAGAGCUGAUCAGGUGCCGCCGGUGUUCAACGUGAAACUUCUCGGCGUUGAGAAGCAUAAGAACACCCAAGUGUAUUCAUCAAAGGGAAUCGGCGAGCCGCCGCUGAUCAUGUCGGCCGGUGCCAUCCAUUCGGCGUUGAUGAAGUCGAUCGAAUCGCAACGCGCUCAGAAUGGAAUCGGGGGAUUUGCGGCGAGCGUCAGUCCACUACACGCUCAGCAGAUCGUCGAUUUGUGUAAUGCCUAA